GAGUGAACUGUCUCGGUGUUGUGUCGUCUUUGGUCACGAGUUACCGCCGCAGGUCACCUGACUCGUUGGGUCGCUGGUACGGAAACAUGGCGGCUCACCUGUCGUACGGUCGCGUCAACUUGAACAUUUUGAGAGAAGCAGCACGGAGAGAGCUUCGAGAGUUUCUGGACAAAUGUGCCGGGAGCAAGGCCAUAGUCUGGGAUGAGUACCUGACGGGACCGUUCGGAUUGAUCGCCCAGUACUCUCUGCUGAAGGAACAUGAAGUGGAAAAGAUGUUCACCCUGAAGAGCGGCCGUCUCCCCCCCGCUGACGUCAAAAACAUCAUCUUCUUCGUCCGUCCCCGUCUGGAGCUCAUGGACAUCAUCGCUGAGAAUGUCUUCAGCGAGGACAAAAUGCACUCUCCCCGGGACUUCCACGUCCUGUUUGUGCCGCGGCGGAGCUUGCUGUGCGAGCAGCGGCUAAAGGAGCAGGGCGUCCUCGCCUCCUUCAUCAACAUCGACGAGUACAUCCUGGACCUGAUCCCCUACGACGGAGACCUGCUCUCCAUGGAGUACGAAAGCGCCUUCAGGGAGUGCUACCUAGAGAAUGACCAGACGAGCCUUUACCACACCGCCAAGGCCUCAUGAACCCUGCAGCCUGUACGCACCACCCCAAAUUCCGGCAAAGGAGACUGUUUGCAGGGUCACGUCGCCAACAUGAUGCUGAGGAUGAAGCGCGAGUUCGCCGGCAGUCAGAACCAGAUCCUGCCCGUGUUUGACACCCUGCUCCUCCUGGACCGCAACGUGGACCUGCUCACCCCUCUGGCCACGCAGCUCACCUACGAGGGCCUCAUCGACGAGAUCUACGGGAUCACCAACGGUUACGUCAAGCUGCCUCCUGAGAAGUUUGCCCAGAAGAAGCCGGGCGAGGCGAGUAAAGAUUUACCCACAGAGCCCAAGAAGUUGCAGCUGAACUCUGCAGAGGAGCUGUACGCGGAAAUACGCGACAAGAACUUCAACGCUGUGGGAGCGGCGCUCAGCAAGAAGGCCAAGAUCAUCUCCGCAGCCUUCGAGCGUCUGAGGCCUUCUUCGAUAAUCUGACGGUGGAGCAGGAGUUCAUGACCGGGGUCGAAACAGACAAGGUGAACACGUAUAUCGAAGACUGCAUCGCCCAGAAGGACCCGCUGAUCAAGAUCCUGCGUCUGGUGAGCAUGCAGUCGGUCUGCAACAACGGCCUCAAGCAGAAGGUGUUCGACUACUACAAGAGGGAGAUCCUCCAGACUUAUGGUUUUGAUCACAUCCUGACGCUCAACAACCUGGAGAAGGCGGGGCUCCUGAAGCUGCAGGGCAACUCCAGGAACAACUACCCCACCAUCAGAAAAACACUCAAACUGUGGAUGGAGGACGCCAACGAACAGAGUCCGAACGACAUCUCGUACGUGUUCAGCGGCUACGCCCCGCUGAGCGUGCGGCUGACCCAGGUCCUGGCCCGACCCGGGUGGAGGAGCAUCGAGGAGGUGCUGAAGAUGCUCCCGGGACCACACUUCGAGGAGCGGCAGCAGCUGCCCGCCGGGCUGCACAAGAAACGCCAGCAGGGGGAGAACCGGACGACGCUGGUGUUCUUCCUCGGCGGAGUGUCGUACGCAGAAAUCGCCGCUCUGCGUUUCCUGUCUCAGAUGGAAGACAGCGGGAUGGAGUAUAUCAUAGCGACCACCAAACUGCUGAACGGAACCACCUGGAUCAAAUCCCUCAUGGACCGGCCGGAGCUGCAGAGCUCCUGAGUCACCUGCUCUUACACCUGCACACAUCAGAGACCCGAUCCACCGUCAGAAGCCCCCCCGCUGCUGUCUGUCCGUCCCCGAUCGUGAUCUGCAGGUGUUCCAUUGCUGUAAUGUAAUAUAAUAUAAUGUAAUGUAAUGUAAUAUAAUAUAAUGCUUCUGUUUGUCUCCGUCUGUCCUCUGGCCACGUCCAUCACUGAGGUCUCUGCUGUACGACGGAGCUGCUGUAAAUAUGUAUUUAUGAGAUGAGUAAGAUGAUUAACCCUCAUGUUGUC